AUGCGUUGGUCCCCCGUGCUGCUCGCCGCCAUUGCAGGGCUAGAGGCAGCUCAUGCUCACGGAAACGUGGCGCACCCCAACAUAGUGUUGCCGCGUCUAAAAAACAAGGAAGAGAACCAUUUGGAUUCCCGUCAGGCCUCUACUACCAUCCCAGUUGGAGACAACGAUCAGUGUGGAGGAGACUUUGGAAGGUGUGCAAACGGAUUUUGCUGUUCAGCUGAAGGAUGGUGCGGAACGGGACCAGACUCCUGCAGUUCGCCCGACUGUCAGAUCAACUACGGUCCAGCCUGUGAUGGCAACCAGAAGCCCAGCGGCGCUGAUACAUCCAAGGACACGAGAACUCGGAAGGGAAGCGUUCCUUACGGUGGCGUGGGCAUCUAUUCCUGCGAAAAGGACGGCGAUAUUGCCGUCACCUAUGAUGACGGUCCUUACCUUUAUACCGCAGCCAUGUUAGACGCCUUCAAAGCUCAUGGCGCCGUCGCCACCUUUUUCAUCACCGGCAACAACCUUGGCAAGGGUCAGAUCAAUGUGAAGUACCGCGAUGUCAUCAAGCGCAUGGUCGCCGAGGGCCACCAAGUUGCUAGCCACACUUGGUCGCACGAGAACCUCGACCAGAUGACGGCAACGCAGCGUAAGAAUCAGAUGAUUUAUAACGAGAUUGCAUUGAAGGAUAUUCUCGGCUUCUACCCUACCUAUAUGCGUCCGCCUUACUCUAUUUGCGGAACUGAUUGCCAGAAGCUGAUGGUGGACCUUGGCUACCACAUCACCUAUUUCGACCUCGACACUGAGGGCUAUCUCCACAGCGAUCCCAGUCAAAUCCAAGUCAGUAUAGACCUGUGGGAUGCGGCCAUGACUGCGCGAUCGUCUUGCAACGCCAGUUAUCUGCACAUUGAGCACGACAUCCACGAACAGGUUGCUACGACCUUCACCAACCAUAUGCUCGACUCCAUUGUCGCCAACGUGCUUGGGCGACCCCCGGCCAACUGGUACCGCGGCAACGUCCCCGCAUACAACUUCAAGAUCAGUGCCGUCAGCCCCAAGGCCUGCACCGGCACGAGCCCGGCCACCUCCAAGGCCACCUCCAAGGCCACCUCCAAGGCCACCUCCAAGGCCGCUUCCACCCCCCCUCCGCCGCGUCAAACUCCGCCGCGUAGGACCCCCUCAUCUUCAUCGUCUGGCCGUGGCAGCAGCAGUACUGCAUCCCCUUCUGCCUCGGGGGCCAUCAGCGCUGGCGGCAGGACAAGCUCGUCCAGCAGCAAGACCAACAGCGUCAGCGCUCAGUCCAUCGGCUCGACCUCUCGGUCAAGCUCCUCCACACGAUCUCCUUCGUCGGCUUCCUCGGCUUCGGGAACUUCUUUCCCUCCUAGUGCUGCUGCUGCCUCCCCCAGCCCUGCCACGCAGUCUGCUUUGUCGGCUCCGUCGCUUUCGCUAUCUGCAGGAAAUUCUUCCUCUCCCAGUGCUGCUGCCUCCCCCAGCCCUGCCACGCAGUCUGCUUUGUCGGCUCCGUCGCUUUCGCUAUCUGCAGGAAAUUCUUCCUCUCCCAGUGCUGCUGCCUCUCCCAGCCCUGCCACGCAGUCUGCUUUGUCGGCUUCGUCGUCUUUGUCGUCUGACAUGAGCUCUUCAGGAACUUCUUCCCCUCCUAGUGCUGCUGCUGCCUCCUCCGGCCCCAGCACGCAGUCUGCUUCCGCCUCUGCUGCAUCUCCAUCUUCCACUCUUCUCGUCUCUACGGACGGCGCUUGUGGCGCUACCAACGGAAAACAGUGUUCCGGCUCGACUUUUGGCAGUUGCUGCUCCCCGUACGGAUGGUGCGGUUCCUCCGCUGCACAUUGUGGCAGCGGAUGCCAGUCUGCUUACGGCACUUGCACCAAUGUCGGCGGCAACACCAAGAUGUCGCUCGACGGAGCCUGCGGCGCCUCAGCCGGUAACGCCACCUGCACCGGCUCGGAUUUCGGUAACUGCUGCUCCCAGUACGGUUACUGUGGUAGCACUAGUGAUUUCUGCGGUGCCGGUUGUCAAUCUGGCUUCGGUACCUGUUUGUCGACUGCUGAUGCCGGUCCGCCCACUGCGACAACGCCUGCGGUGCGGCGAGUCUGUCGGCAGCAGGACGACGAACCUCUGCCCUGA